AUGAAUUAAGAGAAAGAUUGCUCUUAUAUGUAAUAGGUUAAAUUUGAUUUGCGUCGUCGAAGAAUGCACAUAGUACCAUCAGUGAUAAAUUGUGAAGUUCAGAAACGCAGAAAUUCUUUCUCUCUGAGUUCUGAUGCUUGUAAGAGUCCCUAGAGGAAGGCAACUAAAUACUUCGAAAAUCAGAAUCCAGGUUAGAACGCGUAUUUCUGGAGUUUGAUAAAAUCAAAGCGAAAUGAGAAUGAGUAGUUUGUGCAAGUGCUCAAAUCCAUGUGUCCAAUAUAGGUGAGUGAGGUUGAGGCAAGAUUGUAAUUUUUACUAAGAAACUUUGGUUAUGAGGAUGAGAAGUCUAUGUUGGAGAUCGUAGAAAACAUACAGUAGGGCUAGAGAUGUCAGCAAUGGACUUAAGAAGAGUCACGUAUCUUGAUUUGGGCGAUUUGUAAGUUGGGAGUGCAACACAAUUAGUGGAAGGAGUUAGGGAAUUUAUUGAAUCGUUCGGUUAAGGAAUUGAAAACUCAUUGGACUGAAUUAAUCCAUCAUACACAGAGAGGAUUGUUAUGGACAGCAUAGGAAGAUUAGACUCUUUAAAACAUGAUAAUAACAUAUUUGAAUAAUUCAUAGACGAUCAAUUGGAAGUGUAUGGCCAAUGUUCUAAACAAGUCUGAUAAGCAAUGUUAGGAUCGUUGGUAUAAUACUCUGGAUCCAUCAAUAUCGAAAGAGGCUUUUAAAAUUGAAGAUGAUUUAUAAUUGUUGUAGUUGGUGUAGAAGUACGGGAAGAGAUGGAAGAGAGUGUAGAGAGAAUGGUCAUUGAAUAGAAAGAGAUCUCGUUAUGACUUGAAAAAGAGGUUUUAUGAAUUAUUAAAUUAACCAGAUUCAGGUUAUGAUAGUGAUACAUCUUCAAAUUCUUCUUCAAAAUAUAGGAAAUUGAAUUAGGAUGAUAUCGAUAAAAUUUAGAAGUUGAUUUCCGAGAUGCAAAUUAGUGAAGGAAUGCAAUUAGAAAAUAAAUUGGGGAAGGACAAGUUAUUGAAGAACAAACUGUUGAGCAUAGCCAAGAGUGAUCUUGAUAAGAUGUUGAAUUAAUAGAGAAAAAUAAAGAUUUAAUCAGCCAGUACACCAACUGAUGAAUAGAAAAAUGAUAUUCAAGAAGAACCUGAUGAAGUCAUAAUGAACACUCCUUCAAUUAUGAACUCUUUGUCAAGAUGUCUACUGAAGAUCAAUUUGGAAACUGAGGAUGAUCAGUUGUCCAUUGAUAAAUUGGCAGUUCCAAAGGUUCAAUAUAAUGUCGAUUCAGUAGAACAUCUAAAACAUGAAGAUAUUUUUGACAUCCAAUUUGCAUUGGUCAAUGAUAAAACAAACACUCUCUAUUAUGCAAAUUUAGAAUUCAUGCAAUAACUGAUAAAUCUGAUUACCAAUCAAAGGAAAUUGAUGCAAUUGACUGAUAUGAAUAAAUAACCAUAGAAAACAAAGAAGAAGUUCAGUUCUUAACAAUUGAUUCAAGUCUAUCCCAACAAAGUCGGGUUGUCACAAUUUAGUUAGGAUGAUACAAAACAAUAAUGA